AUGGAGCUUCUCUGGACCGGCGUGCUGCUGCUGCUGCAGAUGGUCCUGAUGUCCACCGCUGCCAGGGGUCCACCCAGGGUGUCAGAGCGCGUGGCCCACCGUCAAUCGGUUCGCCUGGGUCGCACCAUGAAGCUACCCUGCCCCGUGGAGGGAGACCCCCCGCCCCUCAUCAUGUGGACCAAAGAUGGACGCAACAUCCACAGCGGCUGGACGCGCUUCAGGGUGUUGCAGCAUGCCCUGCGUAUCAAAGAGGUGGAGGCCGACGAUGCGGGGACUUACAUCUGUAAAGCCACCAACGGAUUCGGCAGUGUGAACAUCAACUACACGCUGAUCAUUAUAGAUGACUCCAGCUCGGGGAGAGGUGGCGCGGGGGCGACUGAGGGAGAUUCUGAAAACACCCCUGAACUGGCUGGGAAACUGGUUCGUCCACGGUUCACACAGCCGGCCAAGAUGAGGAAACGCGUCAUCGCUCGCCCGGUGGGGAGCUCAGUGCGCCUGAAGUGCACGGCGAGUGGGAACCCUCGCCCCAACAUCAUUUGGCUGAAGGACAGUCGCCCUUUAGUGGAGGAGGAAAGAGGAGCUGUAGGAGGAGAUGGAGGAGGGGAAGGGAGGAAGAAAAAGUGGACCCUGAGUCUGAAGAACCUGACGCCGGAGCACAGCGGCAAGUACACCUGCCACGUCUCCAACCAAGCAGGAGAGAUCAACGCCACCUACAAAGUGGAAGUCAUACAGCGUACCAACUCUAAACCCAUUCUGACUGGUAGCCACCCAGUCAAUACCACUGUAGACUACGGGGGGACCACGUCAUUCCAGUGUAAAGUCCGCAGUGACGUCAAACCGGUCAUCCAGUGGCUCAAGAGAGUCGAGACGGGAGACGAGAACAAAUACAACUCCACCAUCGAGGUCGGCGACCACCGGUUCGUGGUCCUGCCCACAGGGGAGGUAUGGUCGCGCCCUGACGGGUCAUACCUGAACAAGCUGCUGAUAACCAGAGCUAAGGAAGAGGAUGCCGGCAUGUACAUCUGCCUGGGAGCCAACACUAUGGGCUACAGCUUCAGGAGUGCCUAUCUCACUGUUCUACCAGACCUGAAGCCCCACCUCUCUCCCAUCCCCACAGUAACAACGCCCAGCCUCCCAUGGCCGGUCAUUAUCGGCAUCCCAGCGGGUGUGGCCUUCAUCUUGGGCACCGCCCUCCUCUGGUUCUGCCAAUCAAAACGCACCUGCUCCACUUCCUCUUCCUCCUCAGCUCUCCCUGCCUCUCAGCGUCCACCGACAGCCAGCCGCGACCGAGCCUGUCCCAUGGCGCCUCCUCAGCCGGCUGGCGGAGAUAAAGACUGUCUUUCUUACGAGGACUACGUUGCCCAUCAGCAGCAGUUACUUCUCGCUCAGGGAGGCACAGGACUGGCUCCCAAGGUCUACCCAAAGAUUUACACGGACAUACAUACUCACACGCACUCGCAUGUAGACGGGAAAGUGCAUCAGCACCAGCACAUUCACUACCAGUGUUAGCGUGAAGGCUAGCAGCCGGCAUUGGUGCUUUGA